AUGGCGACGGACUUCGGCGUGACCAUCAGCCCAUUCUUGAACGAGUUCUGGGGCGAGCAACAGGCCAUCAGGAGGCAGGACGCCGCCAAUCACCCUCAGGCAAUGCAAGAGCUGAGGCGAAGGGGAACGCGCUAUCCGGAAGCUAGUCUCCAAGAGCGGCUGUACGAGGUGGACGAGCGGGCUGCGAUCGACAAGGUGGCAGAGUGGCUGAGAACGACCCCCGACACCGGUAGCAUCGUUUCUUAUGAGCAUGACGGGGUGGCCGUGCUGGACCCAAGUGGGGUCGGCGACGACGCUUGGAAGCAGCGCCUCGUGGAUGGGGCACGCCAACAGACCGGGCUGGAGUUUGCUGUGAAGCCGUACAGAUCGGAGGCGAUGAUUUGGGAGCUGCUCAGGCAGGAGCACCCAGAGCUGGACUGGGACACCCAAGACCUGGAUGCGUAUCAGCUCGAGCACAAGCGCCUACAGCUGAAGUACUACAUGCGGGAUGGCAGGUCCCAGCCGGACAUGCUGGUCGGCGAGCUCAUCGGAGCUCAGCCCGCUCCCGACAAUUCCGCGGUGCCGUGCCGCGAAGUCUUCCGGACGCUGGCAGACGCCCGCGACAUCGAAGUUGCUGCAUUCAACGAGGACUCUCGCUGCUGGCACAUUCACACGAAGCAUCAAGUGAAGCACCGGCUGGUGGAGGCAGCCCAGCAGGUGGUGGACGGCUGCUGGAAGGUAGACGUCUUUCCGCCGGCGUGGACCCGCAAGUCUGGGUGCAUGCUACAGGCAACGGAAUUCUUCGUGGGCCAGAUGUACGAUGAGUCCUUUAUGGAUUCCAUGGAUGCGAAGGAGACUGAUCGCUAUGUUCUCUUCCGCGGCGGCCUGACGCUUGAUCGGGACACGAAGCUGGUGGAGCGUGGCCGCAGGGACCUCUUCAUCACGCGCAGGGCUGGCCUCGAAUACCCCGCUGAGCUUGCCGCGAAGUGGGCGGACGAGCUGAAGCAAGUCUUCGAGCGGGCGAAGGCGUAUGAGCAGGGCUUCCUCACGGCCCCGCUGAACGGCUACCCGGUGAUGCUGUCCGAGACGUUCAAGGACCUUGCAGAGCGCCUGGAGGUCGUGCAAGUCUUGUACUCGUUUUGGGAGUCGUGGCCCAUGGUCACCUUCAUCCUGAAGCAGACCGCGCGGUCUUUGUUCUGCAGGGAGGGCUACGAGGAGUUCCUCAUCCACAUGGGAGAGGGCGCGAACGGCAAGGGCCUGUGGACGCAGAUAGUGGCCACGCUCUUUGGCGAGUACUGCCACCUGCCCAGCGACCUGCCCGCACCCCCUGAGAGUCUUGGAGCUUUAUUGAAGCUUCUAUACCUUAUAACCCCUAAACCCUAA